GAUCUCUUUACCCUUUUGCUUAAUCUUCUUUCGCUCCCGGAAUCCGGAUCCGGGAUGUGUUCUCUCGAGAAAUCAUGUGUGAUCGCUUGUUCUUGCGUUCCCUUUUCCCCUUUCCAUCGCCUCCCGAGGACAUUCGGUUUCGCCGAUUGUUUCUUGCUCUGAGAUCACGCGUGGUUGUUGGUGGAAGUAUGUAUUUGAGAGAAUUUAUUCUCUUUUGCAUCUAUUGGAGUUAAUAUGAGGCGGAAUUCAGAAAAAGGCCACAGCUUGUUAGAGAAGACGAAGAAGAUAGUUCUGACCCCAAAUUGCCUUUGCAGAAAGAAAAGGGGUUUUCCCUCAGCUGACGACUAAAUUGAUUAAACGAGCAAGAGGCGAUGCUAUCUAGAAAUAUGAAGGUGGUUUAUCUACUCUGUGUGUUGAUAUCUCUGCAAUCCAGGGUUGAAUCUGAUCGUCAAGGUGAUGCAUUAUAUGACAUGAAGAUUAAGUUAAAUGCGACUAGUAAUCAACUCAUUGAUUGGAACCAAAAUCAAGUCAACCCUUGCACAUGGAACUCUGUUAUCUGUGACAGUAACAAUAAUGUUGUUCAAGUAACAUUGUCUUCCAUGGGAUUUAAUGGAAUCUUGUCACCAAGAAUUGGAGAACUGCAGUAUCUAACUGUUUUGUCGUUGCCUGGCAACAAUAUAACUGGUGGAAUACCUGAACAGUUCGGAAACCUCUCUAGUUUGACAAACUUGGAUUUGGAAAUUAACCGUCUCAGUGGAGAGAUACCAGCUUCCCUUGGCAAGCUUGCUAAGCUUCAGAUUUUGAUUCUUAGUCAAAAUAAUCUUACAGGGAACAUUCCUGAUUCUCUUACAAAUCUCACUGUACUAAAUGACAUUCGUCUAGCUCUCAAUGGCCUAUCUGGACAGAUACCUGACGAACUAUUUCAAGUAGCCAGAUACAACUUUACAGGUAACAAUCUGAAUUGUGGUACAAAUCAGCAGCACCUUUGUGCUUCGAGCGUGUCUGUUCAAGGAAAAUCACCAAAUUCAAAAAUAGGAAUUGUGCUUGGAAUUGUUGGAGGUGUCAUAUUACUCCUUGUUAUAGGGGUUGUAUUUCUUAUAUGCAAGAGCCGGAGGAAAGGCUAUCGACGAGAAGAGUUUGUAGAUGUUGCAGGUGAAGAUGAUCGUAGAAUUGCUUUUGGACAAUUGAAAAGAUUCGCUUAUCGAGAAUUACAGAUUGCAACAGAUGGAUUUAGUGAAAAGAAUGUCCUUGGACAGGGUGGUUUUGGAAAAGUAUACAAAGGAGUGCUUCCAGAUAGCACAAAAAUUGCUGUCAAACGGUUGACUGAUUAUGAGAGUCCAGGAGGGGAAGCUGCCUUUUUACGUGAAGUUGAGAUGAUAAGUGUAGCUGUCCACAGAAAUCUUUUGAGGUUGAUUGGCUUCUGCACGACACCAACAGAAAGGCUUCUGGUCUAUCCUUUUAUGCAAAAUUUGAGUGUUGCAUACCGUCUACGAGAUUUUAAACCAGGGGAGCCAGUAUUAAAUUGGCCUACCAGAAAACGAGUGGCAUUAGGCACUGCUCGUGGAUUAGAGUACCUCCAUGAACAUUGCAGUCCUAAAAUAAUCCACCGUGAUGUUAAAGCUGCAAAUGUCUUACUUGAUGAGGACUUUGAGGCUGUUGUUGGUGAUUUUGGCUUGGCAAAAUUGGUAGAUGUGAGAAAGACAUCUGUCACAACUCAAGUUCGUGGAACUAUGGGUCACAUAGCACCUGAGUAUUUAUCCACUGGGAAAUCAUCUGAGAGGACUGAUGUCUUUGGUUAUGGAAUCAUGCUUCUGGAACUUGUCACAGGACAGCGUGCAAUUGAUUUUUCACGCCUAGAGGAAGAAGAUGAUGUUUUAUUGCUUGAUCAUGUGAAGAAGCUACAAAAGGAAAAGAGACUGGGUGAUAUCGUCGACCGAAACCUCAACAAUGAGUACGACGGCCAGGAGGUUGAAAUGAUGAUCCAGGUCGCUCUUCUUUGCACGCAGGCGUCGCCAGAGGACCGCCCAACAAUGUCAGAAGUCGUGCGGAUGCUAGAAGGAGAGGGUCUGGCCGAGAGGUGGGAAGAGUGGCAGCAAGUUGAGGUCAGGCAAGAAUACGAGAGGCUGCAGAGAAGAUUUGAUUGGGGUGAGGACUCAUUGUAUAAUCAAGAUGCAAUAGAACUCUCCGGUGCAAGAUGAUAUGUGACAUUGACACUUGAAAUGUGGAAGUAGUAAUAGAAACUUGAUCUCUUCUCCUUUUUGUAUCAGUUAUGUAUUAAUUGGCGGUUAAAUGGACACAAAGGGAUCCUUCUACUUGGCUGUCA